AUGUUCAGCACGUUGUUCUUUUCUGCCCUGGCCUUCAGCUAUUCGGUACAAGCUCAUGGAACCAUCACAAGAGUGAUUGGUGCCAACGGCGUCGUUAUGCCUGGGCUCACUAUACGCGACGGAACCCCUCGAUCAUCUACCUCUGCUGCUUCUGGGGCACAGGUAGAUACCAGCGUCAUCCGCGACCCGGAACUUGGUACCAAGAAGUCAUCGGCCCUCGGUCGCACCAGCAAAGGUCCAGUCGACGCCACUCAUGUUAUCAAAAUAUUCAUGCAUGGUAUCAAGGGCCGAUCUGUUGCUGAUGAUAUUCUCGGGGGUGGAGAGGAAGCGGUGAGAGAAGCUGCGUCCUUUGUUACUGGCAACGCCGGUGCUGUCGUAAAUGAAUCUGAGCACACCGCCAAUGGCCUUUUACAUGACUUCUUCCAAGGUGCAAAGGGAGUUCCAUCUCCUCGUGGAUACAUUGAAGACGGUCUAGAUAAAUUCGCUGGAGUAGGUGCUAAAACUGGGUUGCCAACCACUGCAUCUGAUGGAACUCUCAAGCUCAUCUAUCAUCAGGUUAAUGAGGACGGUGCUGGCCCCCUGAUGGUAGACGUCGACUUCACUUCGGGAGGCACUGAUCCAUCAGCGUUCAAAUCCGUAGAAGUGGUUCAUAAUAUCAUUGGCGUAUUGGGAUUUUCAACCGUAAGCUCAACUGACUUUCCGGUCGUUGUCAAAGUGCCUGCCGGUAAAGUUUGUUCCGGAAAGGUAGCCGGCAUGUCUGGUGUUUGCAUUGCGAGGGUGCGAAACAGUGCCACUGCUGGCCCCUUUGGCGGAGCUGCCGCCUUUACACAUUCUCCUAUAACUUCUACGGGAAAGAAGCCCAGCGCAAAGUUUCGUAACCGCCAUAUCUAG